GAGCAGUUUUAUCGUUGUUACUCUGUCUCCUCAAUUGGCAAGCCACAUGCGGAAAACGGUGAUAAAAUUAUAAUGCCGCUGUCGGCUCUCCAUCGCCUUGUUUGGGGUCCACAGGUGGCCUACCCUAUGCUGUUUCAGCUCAACAAUCCCAAUUCUGAAUCUGGACGAGUUACUCAUUGCGGGGUCUUGGAAUUUGUUGCUGAUGAGGGCUUUGUAUUUUUACCAUCUUGGAUGAUGCACAACCUGCUUUUACAAGAGGGUAACCUUGUUCAUGUCAAAAGCCAAAGCCUUGGGAAGGGAACAUAUGUCAAACUGCAACCUCACACCAAGGACUUUCUUGAUAUCUCAAACCCUAAAGCCGCUCUGGAGACGGCGUUGAGGAGCUACUCUUGUUUAACCAUUGGUGACACUAUCAUGCUUCCUUAUAACAGCAAGAAGUAUUACAUCAACAUAAUUGAAACAAAGCCCGCCUCUGCAAUCUGUAUAGUUGAUACCGACUGCGAGGUUGAUUUUUCCCCUCCUCUUGAUUAUGUGGAGCCUGAAAAGAAGCCAGCACCAUCCACUCUGCCAACAAAGAGACCACAAGAAGUUGAAGAAGAUGAACAAGAGACACCAGAAAAGAUAGCAAAGUUCAGUCCCUUCACUGGUUCAGCCAGACGAUUGGAUGGAGAACCGGUCUUGACACAAUCCGUUGCACCUGCAGUUCCCUCUCCUCCAGAACUCAAGCAGCGCCAACUGGAGAGUGAAAAUGGAACCAACAAAAAGGGUUCUAAGUCAUCAGCUUCUGCUUCACUUCAACAUUCUGGAAAGGUUGUGUUUGGUUCAAAUGUGAACCGGCCUGCGAAUGCAAUCCCAAAAGUUGCCCCAAACAACCGCAGCAGGCAAGAGCCCCCUCACAAGGCAGAAGAGCCAAAGUUGCAAGCAUUCACAGGGAAGAAGUAUACCCUGAAAGGGUGAAGUUGGGGCAUAUCGAUCCUUCCUCUAAAACAUAUGAAUUAAACGCUUAGCUAAUAUGUAAAGGGUUAGGAACGGCUAUGGUUGAAAACUUGGAUGAUAAGUA